AUGUGCACCUGAGUUCCAAGCCGAUUUCACGACUGCAAUUGCAAAACCCUAGCUACUGCUUCGCCGAAUUCCCCCUCCUCCGACCGCUUCGCCCGCCGCUGCCCGUCACCGCGGCGGCGUCUACGCUUGUCCCUCCCGCUGCAAGGAGCACGUGCUUCUCGGCGCGCUGUUCGCCCGUCGCCACCACCACCACCACCGGUUCACCGCCAGUUAUGUCUUCUCAGGUGGACAGCCGCAGCCAAUCCGCCGGGAAGCGCGCGCGCACCGACGGCAGCCGGCGUGAGGACGACUGGGUUUGCCCCAGCUGCAAGAACGUCAACUUCGCCUUCCGCACCACUUGCAACAUGCGCAGCUGUAACCAGUCCAGGCCAGCAGAUCACACGAAGGCCAUGCAGAAGCCUAUGCAGACCCCGCCUCACUAUCCCGCAUCAGGGGGCUACAUGGGCCCAGGGACGCCACCGUCGAUGUACCUUGGUGGGGGUGCUCCCCCAUAUGGCUCCUCAAUGUUUAACGGGCCUGCAAUGCCACGCUAUGGCAUCCCACAGUACCCUGGGGGUUCUGCGUAUCCAUAUGGAUAUGGUGGUCGCAUACCAAUGGGGAGCCCCUACGGGCCAAUGCAAAUGGCUGGGCCAACUCCAUACUCUGGUGGAUCUAUGAUGGGAGCAGGUGGAAUGUAUGGAAUGCCCAUGGACAGGUAUGGGCCAAUACCUGUUGGUCCUGGUCCAAUGGGCACAAGGGCUGGCUCAUAUUCUGAUGAAGGUUCUCAGAAGAAGCCUGCAGGAGCUGGCCGUGAUAAUGAUUGGGAGUGUCCAAAUUGCCACAACAUCAACUUUGGCUUUCGCACAGUCUGUAAUAUGAGAAAGUGCAACACACCUAGACCUGAAAACCAGGGAUCUAAGCCCGAUGGUUUAAGAGGCUCAAAACCAAAGAUGCCAGAGGGCAGUUGGAAGUGUGAGCAGUGCAAUAAUAUAAACUAUCCUUUCCGAACAAAGUGCAAUCGUCCCCAAUGUGGAGCAGAAAAGCCAUCACAGACAAACAAUGUAAAUGAUUCAGCGACAGAUCAGGACAAUCAGUGAGUCCUAGAACAGUAAUGAGGGUCAAGGAGGUCCAGCGUCGUCGUCAAGGUUCAGUCAAUGUGGGGUACAUCUGUGUCAGUAGUCGCUGCUGUCGUUACAAGUUUCUUCCCCUUGAGACCUUAGUUGAGUCGGGGCCUUGGAGUUGGCAAUGGAGUCUUGCCUUCCCUAAUCACUAUGGAUAAUGGUCAAGAACAUCAAUUUGUCAUUUGGUUUGGUCAAGAACAUCCAUCGUGCCUUUCCUGGCUGAACUUGGUUACUUGUCUUUGUUACUAGUACUCUGGGUAUAUUACCAUCUGUUAUAUGAAUGUCUUUUAGUUAUCUGUGUCAUAGAAUAUCACUCAUCUGUUAUGAAGUAUGACAACUGUCGUCAUUUUGUCUUCGUUUUGUCAAGGUUGUGUUCUGGUCGUUGUUUUCAAUUUAUGGUUGGUUUGGUAUUUUACAGGUGUUCUUUCUGAAUGGUUGGCGAUGGCAACCUUUCUUUCCUUUGAAAACAGUUUUCUUAGGGAUGUUAGCAACUUAGUGAGGCGCUGUACUGAAAUACUUAUAACUCUUUCCCUGGUAGCAAUAGUUAUUAGGUCUUAAGUUGACAUUGGACAUAUCGGUUGCAUAACUGCAUAUGUUACUGUUAUCAUCUUUCAUGUUCUCUGGGGUUUUAGUUGUUCAAGUAUCACCAUUCAGUAUUUUGGUUAGAAGAGAUGCUCCUUGGUGAAAGUGAUGUGCAUCGCAUUGUGCAGUGGUAGUAGACUAAUCUGUAAUCACCUUGCAUGCUUGUCUCUUCCUGGUCCUACUUCACUGACUUGGUACUAUUGGACUUAGUUUUUGUCAUGUAACAUUACGAAGCUUUUAUCAAAGCUACGACUUCUGCAUGAAUUUCAAGACAGCAGUGAGCAGACAGAUGGAUCUUCCUGGUCCUACUGCCGAAGUACCGACAUUGUGGAUGGCAGCACUCAGUGAAUUGCAGAACAGUCUUACAAACUGAUUACCAUUUUGUAUUGGAAAACAAGGUGAGGAAUUUGCACCAGGUCGAUAUACUUGUGUGUUGAGCAUGAUUUAUACGACUUCUGCAUGAAUUUCAAGACAGCAGUGAGCAGACAGAUGGAUCUUCCUGGUCCUACUGCCAGAGUACCGACAUUGCGGAUGGCAGCACUCAGUGAAUUGCAGAACAAUCUUACAAACUGAUUACCAUUUCGUAUUGGAAAACAAGGUGAGGAAUUUGCACCAGAUUGAUAUACUUGUGUAUUGAGCACGCAUUACCACCCUGAUUUGGAAAUUCGAUAUGGUGGUAAGCAUUUUGUAGUAAGGGAGGGGCCAGCAUCUUUUAAUGUAACCAUUUCAGUAUUUGCUUGGAGUGAUUCUUGUCUUCAUGUUUUUAUUUUUCCUUUUUCAUUCAUUAUGUUUUGUGCCUAGAUUUAUGCUUCCAUAUAUCAUCCUGAUGUAAAUUCAUCUUCCCAUUUCAAAGUUGUACUGGACAUGAAACAUUCCAUGUUAUGGAAUGUUUGUUGGAGCAGAAGAGGUUAAUGGAGUUGGAUGUCUCUUAAA